AUGAUUGUGAAUGUUAAUCAGUUUAACGAAGAACAAAUAAAUACCCAUGAAUGGGAAAAUAAUAUAGCAAAAAUUAUUUAUGGUAGCUUAUUAUAUUUAAGUAGAGAGAUUAAAAACAUAAAUAAUGAAGAUCUAAAAGCUUGUAUAGGAGAUAUUGAAUGUAUAGCUCUCUUCGAAACUUUUUUUGAACCACUUAUAUUCAACAAGUAUAUUAAUAAAAUUUCAUUAUUUAAACAAAGUAAUAAUUCAGAUUCAGAAGAAUCAGAAAUUGAAGAUAAAUUUUCAUUAAAAUCAGAAACAGAUAACUCACGAAAAUCAAAGUCUUUGAAUGAAUUACUUAUUUUUGAUAAGACAUCAUUUAGCGAAACAAGUGAUAUUUUCGACUUUGUUUUAAAUAUUCUUUAUAUUGGUAGAUUUAAUGUUGCAAGUUUUGUAAUGUCUAUUAUAAAUAUAAAACAAUUUUGUGAAUUUACUGGUAUUCCACUAUGUCAAUAUACAUGGCGUCCAAUCUUUAUAACUUCACUUAUUUUAUCUGAUAAAAUGUGGGAUGAUAAGUGUGCAAAAACUGGAGAUAUUGCAAAAAUAUUAGGUUUUUUAUCACCUUGUAAUUUGACAUAUAUGGAACUACUUUUUGCAGUAAGUACUAAUUGGAAUUUUUUAAUUGCACUUGAACUUAUUAAAAAGCAUAUUACAUUAAUAAUGGAUUUAACAGAAAAUACGACUUUUUUAAACAAAGUUUUAUCUUCAAGAUUUUAUCAAUUAUAUUACAAUGAAAGGAUUGAACAAAGUAUAAGAGAAAAACCUUAUCCAAUCCAUAUAAAUUUACCUCUAAAGUCUAAUGAGAUACAGAAAUCUAUUGAAACUAAUGGAAAAUCUGAAGAAUAUUUGAUUAAAGAACUUAUACCUACAAAAUUAAAGAUUAUAGCACAUAAUAAAACUCCAAUAAAAAAUGAUGAUAAUGAAUGUUACAAAAAGAAUAUGAAUAUCCAUAAUAGUAUUGCUACUAAUGUAAAACAGACCCGAAAUAUGAGUGUUAUAAGUAUAGAAUCUUAUAAUUCAAAUAAAUUAACAUUACAACAUAAUAGAGAACGUUAUGAACAAUAUCCUCUUAGUGUUAGAACAAAUAAUACCUCAGUACAACGUUUAAAAUCAUCCUCAAUAUCUCCAAAUAUUAAUUAUUCAAUUCCUAUACCAAAGAAUUAUGAACAUUUAUAUUAUAAUAUAAAUAAUGGUAAUAAAACAAAUAUAAAUUUAGUACCAAAUAUAACAAAUAACUUUAGAAGAACAGUAGAUGGAAAUAGAGAAAGAGUAUCAUCUUUAACACCUAAUAGACAAAUGACAAAUCCUCAUAAACCAGAAUUACAAUUAUUUGCUAGAUCUAGAAGUUUGAAAUGUAUGAAUUCUAGUCAAGAAAAGACAAUGAAGAAACCUUUUGCAAAUAAAGAGAAUAUCUUAACUUAUGCAAAAAGUACGGUUAAUUCUGCAUUUUCAUCUCUUGCAAAGUCCAUUGGACUUACUCAAAUAAAGCCUUCAAUAAUGAGUAAUAAUUCUUUAGAUAAUAAAGCUCAAAUUCAAAUAAAUAGCACUCCAAUUACUUCAAAUAAUAUCAUCCAACAUAAUAAUUUCAAAUUUAGAGAUUCAAACUAUAAUUUAAAUAAUAUAACUAAUUCUAGAGGAAGGAACCCUUCAGUUCCAGCUGUAAAUAAUUCAUUUGCAGAUAAUUUGAGUUAUAGAGAAAUAUCUCGUGGAAUUUCAACAGAUAAUAGAUAUGAUAAAUCUGUCCUUAAAAGUUUUAGAUCACCUUCACAACCAUUAUAUUCAAAUAAAUUGGGAAAUUUAAGUAAUAUUAAUCAACCAAAAAGAGAGCAAUUGGAUGAUAUUUCAAGUAAAUUAAAUAUGAAUAGAAUUCUAGUACAGCAAAUUAAUAAAAAUAUAUCACAUAUAAAACUAGAUAAUAAUAAUAUAUAUUCAAAUAUACCAAUUCCAUUAUCAAAUAUUUCAAAUAAUUUAAACCCAUCACUUGCUGGUUCUAAAACUAAAGAUCUGAAUUUAAGAUCAGGAGUACAAUCAAAUAUAACAACUUAUAAUAAUAUUCAGAAAAAAUCAACUGAUAGUUCAAAACCAAUUCCAACUAUGCUCAAUAAUAGAACAAAAUAUUUAUUACAAAAUAUUUCUAGACCAUUAGGGAAUAUUCCACAAAAUCCUUUAUUUAUCAAAAGUAAUUAUCUUCCUACAUUUAAACAAAAUUUACAACCAAAAAUUGCAUCUUCUAUCCAACGGAGAUUCUUUAGUCCAAGAAUUAAUUCUAUUGGUGUAAAAAAUAAUUUAACCUAA